UGCCUAAACAGCCCGACACUCCGCCACGGCAGCCUGCAGAAUCUGACAUGUUUUACUAUAAGCCCAUCGUGUUUUUGAGCGUGUUCCUUUUCGUCUGCCACGAGUUAGGCAGAGAUCACAGGACAGCGGCCGCAUCUCUGCGCGGGAGAUGUGAAUGCGUGAGCAAGGUCGACCAAGUACCAUGGAAACGCAUCAAAAAGUUCACAGUGACAGAAGGAGACCCACUUUGCGGAGAGACGUCGAUAAUACUCCAGAUGAAACGCAAGAAUGAUCCCCCAGUUUGCCUGAAUCCCGAGUCAAAACAAGGACAGAGACUGCAGAAGUGCUGGAAGAAAAUUAAGAAGGACCCUGCAAGGAAGGAUGUGUGCUUAAAGCCUGGGAGGAAAACGAAGAAAGCCAAGACCCAUUAAUAUGACCCUGUAAGCAGCAAAUGGGGCACCGCAACACGCUUGUAGCACGCCAUUAAUCACUGCUGUUACUGCUGCCUUUUCACUAGCACGUGUGUUCUUUAUAUUACAUGCACUUGUUAUUUUUCUACCUGAAUUUUAUAUUAAAAGAAAAACAAAAACUAA